AUGAGCAAUUCCAUAUCAAGUGACGGCAGAAGCACAAGGCCACGAGGGUUUUCUAAUCCUUCACUCGACUCCCACCACGUCGAAGCCGCGAAAUACCAUCAGGCUCAACAACCUAUCAACGAUGCCAUCACUUCUGCCUUUGACAAUGCAGGCGCAGCUUCGGCUGCAUCUAUCUCCCCAGAGCUACUGCAGCAGAUUACUUCACAGAUUACUACGAAUGUCCUCCAACACUUGAAGGCUAUCAACCUGUCUACCACCGUCCCUCCAGCAGCAGUACCAGGACCGACCUCCCAGACGGAUGCAGCCUCGUCGGCAGCAGGAUCUCCUCCCCUGAACCGAGCUACGGUCUACACUCCUCCCACACCACAUCGCACCUCGGAAGACGCAGGGAUGAGUGGCGCUUCUCCUGAAUUUCCUCCACCCCCUCCACCGCCGCCACAGCCACCACAGUCCAAGGAGCCAGCCUUACAGGGUAGCUCUUCUCCCGUCGAGAAUAGAUCAAUCUCACCUUUCAGUCAAGCGAGUCAUCAGUCACACAGCGAUGAUAACCAAGAACGAAAGAGUCGGCCGAAGGGCCCCAAGAGAGUCGAUACUAGUGGGGACGCUACCACCCUGGAACGUGUCUGGGGCACCUUGUUCGAUGAGCAAGGUCGGGCCACUGCUCGGCUUGGACAAUUCCUUCGUGGAAUCGCUGUUCAUCUGAUCGAAAAUUAUGAGCCCAAGAACAGCCUCGUCAUCACCCCAACCAAGAUGCAGAAGUACUACGAGUCAACCAGACUCUCUACCGAAAUUUAUCCCUGGAAAAUCGUCUUUGACGACAGGACAUCCUCCAUUUCUCGAAUGUUCAGAGAGAUUCAAGCGGAGCACCAUCUGAUCCAAGAGAAACUGAGCGAAAGACCAGACCUUCCGGGUCUAACACCACGAGGUUUCGAAACAUGGGCGACUAUACUUCUCAAAGCCCAUCCAGACCAGGAAUUCGAAAGAUUGGCGAAGACGGCGCUGGACAUGCCCAUUAGCAACCCAGAUGACAAAAAAGAGCGAUUUCCUAAAGAGCUCUCAAGGCGCCUUUUCCCAGACCAUCCUGACACGGAGACAGCGAACAGGUUACAGAAAGCUAUGGCUACACACUGCAACGUCAACUUGGCCUCUCGACAGGGCAGCGCAGCAGGUGCGACAGAUUCUAAUACCAAAACUCCUCAUCAGGCUCAGGCUGGUGAUGAUACACAAAAGGCACACCCGAGCCCGGCGCUGGAAAAACAGGAACCGCUGCCAAGUGCAUCUCACCCCAGCCCAGCAUUGUCCCACGCCAGUCAGGAACAACGGCCUCCGCGACAGCCUUACGUGAGCGAUGCCUCUGACAUUGGGGAUAGCCCAGUAGAAAACACUGAAGACAUCCCUACACCUCAGCCCAUCGAGCGCGAACGCAAGCCAUAUGUCGCAGCCCCAGGGGGAGGAAAGACAUACGAAAGUGUUUCAAGACCCAGCGAAGCCACAGAAACGAAAGCAUCACCGGGACCUCCACCGCCGGAGGUUACGAUAGCAACUUCGAACUCUGUUCCGACCACGAACCGUUACAGUGACAAUCCAAGGUCGAGUGUGCCUGCCGUAGCUAUCCAUCAGAAGCCUCCACCUCCACCUCCACCUAUGGAUACAGAAACACCUCGGCAUUACCGGUCGAAUGGCACAUAUCAUCAACGGGAACAACCCAGGCCCGGUCGCCAUCGUUCUCCUUCCAUGGGUAAGGAAAGUGGAUCUGCUCCAUACGUACGAAAACCUGAGGCCGACUCAGCGUAUGCUUCGUCACGUCACUCGUACAGCGGAAAUGACCCAUACGAAGAUGCCAGACGGUACAAGGAGUAUGAGGCGCAGCGGGAGCGAUUGGCCAAUGAUCGAUAUGACGCUGCCAGGAUGGCUGCAUAUGACCCUAGGGAGCGUGAGAGAGCAAGACCUAGAGAAAACAGGCCUCGAAUGCAAUCUCUUUCCGGAUACGAUGGACGCCCUCCACCACCACAAUACUCAAGCUCAGUUCCCUUGACUGAUGAGGAAUACUAUCGAGACCCACGGCACGGAGGUGGUGCUCCCUCGUAUAACACUCCUUUGUCCAUUAGCACUGGAUUUCAACCACCUCCACAUCCAUCGACGGCCAGAGAUCCCAACUCCAUUCCGAGAGAUCCUCCUUCGUAUGGGCCUUACCCGUCAUCGGCAGGAUAUCCACCCAGCAGCUAUCGAGAAAUGCGGUGA